CACUAUUGUUUGUGGAGAACGGCAUGGAGAGCAAAAACGGGUGCGCACAAAACAGCGAGGUGGUUAGGAUUGACCUUGAAGGAUGUGCACAAAAGGCAGUGGUCUGUGUAUGAUGGAAAGAAGGAACCAAAUACCUUCAAGGGUUAUCUUCAUGGAGGAACUUACUUCAUGCUAAGAUUUCACGAUAUUGUAGAAGCUGAAAAAUCCUUGCUGAGGCUGACGGGGAACGAACCCCUGACCAUCCUCCCUCUGACCUCAGAAAUGGAGGAAGCUGCCGUCAAAGCCCACUACAAAGUCUGUGACCGCCUGAAGCUGGAGAAGAAGCAGCGCAGGAUGUGCCGGCGGGACCCCGGUGUGGCUGAGACCCUGAUGGAGGCCAUCAGCAUGAGCGCGCUCGAGUGCCAGUACCAGUUCCGCUUCGAGCGGUGGAACUGCACCCUUGAAGGCAGAUACCGGGCCAGCUUGCUAAAGAGAGGCUUUAAGGAGACGGCCUUCCUGUACGCCAUUUCCUCGGCGGGGCUGACGCAUGCCAUGGCUAAAGCGUGCAGCGCGGGCCGGAUGGAGCGCUGCACUUGUGAUGAGGCUCCCGACCUGGAGAACCGUGAGGCCUGGCAGUGGGGUGGCUGCGGUGACAACCUGAAAUACAGCAACAAGUUUGUCAAGGAAUUCCUGGGGAGGAAGCCCAACAAGGACCUGCGAGCCAGGGUGGACUUCCACAACAACCUCGUGGGCAUGAAGGUCAUCAAAGCUGGAGUGGAGACAACCUGUAAGUGCCAUGGUGUAUCUGGAUCCUGCACUGUCCGAACAUGCUGGAGGCAGCUUUCUCCAUUCCAUGAAAUAGGGAAGCAGCUGAAGCAGAAGUAUGAGACAUCGCUCAAAGUGGGCAGCACUACCAAUGAGGCCACGGGUGAAGGAGACAUUUCCCCGCCCAAGAAAUCCAUCCCUGGUCACAGUGAUCAAAUCCCAAGGACUACGGAUCUUGUCUACAUUGACGAUUCCCCGAGCUUCUGUCUGAUGAGCAGAUACUCGCCUGGGACUUCGGGAAGGAAAUGUUACAAAGACAAGAACUGCGACAGCAUCUGCUGUGGGCGAGGGCACAACACGCAGAGCCGGGUGGUCACCCGCCCGUGCCAGUGUCAGGUCCGUUGGUGCUGCUAUGUGGAAUGCAAGCAGUGCACCCAGAGAGAAGAGGUUUACACCUGCAAAGACUGAUGCGUCUUCUGCCUGAUGGCAACCCUCAGUGACGGGCGAUCGUGAUCUAUGAGAACUACAUAUGGAGACAAACAGGGUUUGAUUGACCUUCUGGGAUCUGAAAGCUAUGUCAAGACAUAAGCACUUUGUAGGGUACAGGUGACCCAGCUGUGUUGCUGUUUUGUUUGUUUUGUUUUGUUUUCCUGUAGACUGAAUUUUAAUGAGGUCCAACCAUGUGGAAAUAAGUGCCUGUCACACUGGGGUUAGACACCAGUUGACCUUCAGCUUAGUCGUCCACGCAGUUUGACUGAUCAUUUAUCCUUGGAACAUCUUGAUCGUUUCACCAAUCCUCCAUGAACUUCUGGGCUAAUAUAUUCUCUGGAAUAAAUAACCUAUAUUACUUUAUUCCUGAAGCUUACCCAACAGCGUAGAGAGCUGAACAGAUAAGAAAGAUCUUUCUGCUUUGAACACAGUGGUACGGGAAGUGUUCAUUUUUUCCCUUCUGAAACUGGAGAGAGGUGUGGGGUAAGCAGGAACAGCCCUGAUUGUUCCUCUAGUGGAAUUUCUGCAUAUCCAGCAAACAAGGCUCUCACAAAGAGACUCACUUGGAGGGUAAGCUUUUUAAUGACAGCUCCGUAUCCACAUGCUUUGAUCACCAAAUACAGCUCCAAAAAUGUCGGGUCCACCAUGUUGCGGAUGGCAAUGUGUCCAAGAAAGAGGUUGGGAAGACAGCAGAAAACCAGACGUGCCUGUCCCUUUCAGUCGUGUUAUUUUUUCAUACAAUUUCUCCAAAUGCAGUUUCUUUAGCACUAUCACUGUCUUAAAUUUUAUUUAAAAACAAACAAACCACUAGAUACUUUUGUUUUAUUUUCACUUUUGUGGAUGACAUUUUUCUGUCCUCUUCCCACCUCUUGUUGAUUGAUUUCACCCUGUGGAAACUGCUUCAGAAAUCUAAACUGGAACUUUUUUGUUUUAUGUCGGCUGAAUUUGGACAUGUGUUUUUGAGGAGGACAAGAGAAAUUCCAGUGCAUCUUGGAAGGCAGUGAUGUCUUGCAUGGUAUAGCAGCCAUUUUGGACUGGAUUGGAACUUUGGAGGAUUCAACUUUUCUUUACUAGGUCAUCAUUCCAUUUACCCUAAACCAUGGCAGUGGUACAUGACACAAGCUGUAUGUAGUGAACCCAAUGACCUUAAGAUUUUUUUAACCACUAGAUUGAGAACUAUAUUUUAAAAAUACAACUGCUAAAUGGUAACCAACUAUUGGAUUCGGAACAGCUAACUGACACAGAGACAAACCAUCAAGUGGCCAGAGAAGCCAGAAAUCAACUGCAGUAGUAGAUAUAGCUCUGACGCUGUGAAAUAGAUGACGAUCUUCAGCAUUUCUUUUCCCUUUGAAGAGGAUACUUACAAUCCAGGACUUGAUGCGGCAAUAACCCUUAAUCAUAUAAAAGUGCUUCUGGGACUGGAAGCAGCCAGUGAAUGCCUCAACGAAGCUUUCUAAGGAAACACUGGAGAGUGGAGGGCAUUGUAUUUUAUUUUUGAUAGCAGUUUUUGAUUGUCCAGUAGUAGCAAUUUCCACCAAUUUUCUAUAAACGAUUGAUCUGGUUCUCAAUGGAGGAAAGCUGGCUGGAGUUUUUCGAGUAGUGGUAGAUGUUGGCCAAGCAAAAAGAGGAGAGCAGUUUUCCAAAAUGGACCAUUAUUUUCCUUUUUUUUUAACUUUACUUUUUUCUUUCCCCAAAUAGUAGCCACUAAUAUUUAAGCUGUUUAUGUGCAUCUACUGGGAGGAGAAAAUAUAUUUUUUUUGUUGGUAACAAAUAACUGCAGCCCAGCCUGGCUUGUUGGCAUCAAAUCUGGAGGUAGAGUACUGGGGAUGGACUUUUACGAUGUUACUUUUAGUAGUGCUAUGGUCCUGGAAAGUAAAGCAUACUGGCUCUUUUUUUGAUGUUUGUUUAUUUGCUGUACAAUUCUGGAGAUUGGGGUAGUGCUGUAGAAGGAGUAAUCCACAGACAGUAUUUGUCCCUUUCCACCAUGGCAGAAGCACAGUGGAGCGUCCGACACAGAGGGUUUGCAGGAAGGUCUCGCGGCUUCUGGGAGAUGCGCCGCUUUGAAAGUCACCCACAAGCAGUUUAUCUAAUGGUUUAAAAAAUAAACUGACUAGAAACCUAUUAUUCAGUGUGUGCAUGUGUGUAUAUAUAUACACACGCAGACACGUAAAUAUAUAUAUAUAAAUAUUGAACAAACAUUUAUUUAUUGUAAAGCCCUUCAGAAGGACCUUCUUAUGGUUUCAAUGUGGUAUUAUGUUAAAUUCUUUCUCCCUCUCUUUCUUUCACACAUGUGCAAGCUCACUGUUACAUUUGUGUGUGUGUGUGCUAGAAUAGCUCUUCCCCUCCAAAGUAAGGCUGGAUCCAAAUGUGCUCAAAACAUGAGGAUUUUUGGGUCUGAAUUACUAUUUCUGGCCCCAUUCUUUUUUAAAAUGUGUUCUUAAUUAAAGAAUGGGCUGCAAUUUAUGUGCAUUAUUAUUAUUAUUAAUUAUUAUUAUUGUUAUAUUUAAACCAUGGGCCUCAUUUUCUUUCUUUUCACUGGUGUCUGUCUCCGUUGACCUUGCUGGAGUAACUCCACAUUGCACUGGUGUGAGAGGACAAUGAGUCCCUAGAUGCAGAAGAGAAGGCAGUGCUGGCAUGGAUAUUGUUGCAGAGAAAAUGCCUGUGUCGGAUGGGAUAGGAUAGCUUGGUGUGUUUGCAGAGAGAGAGGGGUGGGCAGUGAGGCAGACUGUUAAGGCUAGACUAGAAGAAAGAGGCAAAGAGUGAAUGAACUACUGAGUGAAAGAGCUCUUCUGUGUAUUAUAACUCACGCACUGAAGCCUGGAUGCUUUCUGUAAGUAUUUAAAAAAAAAAAAAAGAAAAAGAAAAAAACCACAAAAAACAAAUUGUAUUUAUGUUAAUGUGGAUAUAUUACUUGCCUGUUAUAUAUUGUAAAUAGCAAGGUUUAUUCUCCUGUGGUUAAAAAAAAAAUAUAAAUAACUAAAUAGUAGCGAGGCACAUGUGUUAAAUGUAUAGGCAGUGUAUAAAAUAUACUAACACUCUGAAAUCAGGAGAACUUGUCUUCUUGGCCUUUUGACCUAGGUUGGUAAAACAUAUGUGGGUUAUUUCUCUUCUCCCUCCACCUUGUUGUGUGUGAUUUUUGGGAGGCACGGGGAGACGUUUAGGUCCAGCAUUUUCAAAUGUUUGCCUUAUCUUUGAAUUAAGAAUGGGGAGAAAAGCCUCAUUUUGGAAAAAACAAUGGAGCUUGAGUAGCGUGAUGCAAGUAGCAGCUGGUAGAAAUGUUUUUAAACCCUCUCAAAACCCUUUUGAGUGCUUGAUCUGGGUUUUCUGUUUAUGAAGGUUGUGUUUUGGAAUUUAAUUGAUCUGUGGAGCUGUACAGGAGCUUCUGCUUGUGCUGCUCCAUAUGCACCUUCAGAAAACCCUGGGUAAGAAAGUUGAAGUCCUCUGCCAGACACUGAGACUGAGCUGUGUCCUGUAAAAUCCUUUUGCUUCCAGCUGUUUGAAAUUGGAUUUUUCCAGAGAGGCUAAUUCUACUGCCACACCAUUGGAUCUCCAGUGCAAUUGACUGAAAUUGCCCAUUUUUGUAAAAUGACAAGAGUUCAUUUAGGCUCUGAAUCUUUCAUGGUGCCAUUUCAUUAAAAAAAUAAAACAACAACCAAACAAAAACCAAAUGUGAAACAACUUCCCCCCCCCCACACACACUCACACUCCGAGAAAGUGUUUUUUGUGGCAGAUAUAACUGGAGAUGGAUGGAUUGGUGUAGGGGAAGCCUCUGGUUUCUGAUUCCCUUUUAGCCCGUGUCCCCCCAAAAUGUCAAAGUGUUGGUUCUCCUAAGCUGAUCCAGCAAGACUUGCGUGAUCAGUUUUGGGGUGGGGGGGUGCAACCAUUAUUUAUAUAAUUUUUUUAUUAAUUUUUUAAAAGAGAAGUUAGCUGAUGGAAGAAUAUUUUUAUUGAAUAGUGCAUUUAGUUAUGUCAGAAAUAUAAAAAAAUAUAUAUAAUAUUUUUGUAAACAAGGCAAACUGAAAAUGUUUGCUGUUUUAUAUUAGAAUUUUCUAUUAAAAGAAAUAAAACCCCACACAAAUAAUUGUUGCACCCGUCAUCUGUUUUUUAACAAGCUUCUAUUCUGUGUGACUGACUCAUAUAUACCGGAUGUGGAGACGUGCAAAACAAGUCCUAAACAUUACGUUCUCAUUGUCUUCCAGCUCGCGAAUGACUCCAGUUAGUGAAAUGUAGGGUUUUUUUUCCCCCUCCAAAUUUUAUUUUUAUUCCUGACACACAAAAUGACUUGUGAAGAGUGACAGGCUUCAAGCUUACACUUUUUAGUUGUGUUUACUGGUCCUGGAAUGGCUUUGAAGGGAGGAAAACCUAAAUCUAUUCACAAUAACUAGAUAUUUGCUAUUGAUCUCAGUUGGCCUGGGAAAAAGACUCUUAAAAGUUAGCUGGAAAAAAAAAAAUCUGAGUGCAUGGGAAGGUUAAAUGAAGAGGACCAAAUUCCAGGCUUGAUCUAACUGAAGCAAUUUUUAUCAUUUUGAAUGGGGUAUUGUAAAACUGGGGAGCUGGAACUUGGUCUGCUGCAGUUCAGGAAGGCGGCUGUUCACCUUUGGAAGCUACGAUGAGCUAUGAACCAACUGUUUUCAAGAGAACUGCUGGGGAGAUCUGGGUAGGGGAGAAACAAUUUCUGUCAAUUUUUCAUGGUUGGCUAGCUCAUAUGCAUCUGCCUUCCUUCAGCCCAGGUCUUGAAUUUCUUUGUUAGUGACUUUUCAGCUGCCCUACUUUAGCCAAUAUAUGUGAAGAAAUUAAGUUGGUUUGGCCCAUAGUAGGGUUGGAUGAGAAUCCAGAUGAAGGGACAGAUUUCUCAAGGCUACUUUCAUGGUGUAGAUGCUGCUUAAGGUAAUUUUCUGGUGGAUUAUAGUGCCUGUGAAAAAUUCCUCAGUUGCUGCUGCAGUAAAAUUAGGUCUAUACUGUGCUUGCUAAAACAGGUGCAGCAAAGCUCUGCAUUCCCAGUCUUUUUGGCUCUGCAUGCACAUCUGGUAGGGUGAGUCUGGCUUCCAUGGCCAGCUUGUCCUGGUUGUCCUUUUUUAAGGAUGCUAACUAGGUGAUGACUUUUGAAGAGCAAUAUUUUCGUGCAAAAUGACCAGUGUGUUUUAUGACCAUUACUGUCCAUGUAGCUCAAAGGAGGCUUAGUGUAGCACAGGAUCAGCCCUGUAGAAAUCUAGUUAUUGCUAAAGCAGUCAAGCUUAGGGUCAUGAUUAUCAAUGAAUAUCUUUUCAAUCCAGUUGUCACUGAUAAGACUGGAUUUGGCCAAAUUAUUUUUAGAAACUAUUUUAGAGGUUCCAGGAAACAGAAUAUGUCCAAAUGGAAAGGAGAAAAAAAAAAUCUCUAGUAUUUGUGGAAGGAGAGGAAAAAAAAUGGAUAUCUCAAGCAUAUUUUAGAUCUGGCAUCAUGGUAGGCUUCCUGUAACUACAUUUCUUCAGGGGCAGGGUACGAGAAGAGUGUAAGACCAUAAAUGAUUCAGACGCAUGAAAAUUCAGCAGGGUAGCAGGGACAUGUCUAAACAACAUAUUUUUCUCAGUUGUUGCUGAAUGUUUUCAGAAAUGGGAAAACCCUGCUCAGCAAUAUUUGACGAGGUCACCCAAAGGGACAGCAGAUCCCCCUCCUUCACCCAGUUUUGCCUUCACUGGGGAGUUGCUCAGGAAAGUCAGAGGUGCUGACAUGUUUGGCAUUGUGGGGCAUUUGCAGUGGGCCUGGAGUCAUCACCCCUUAGCUAAGGAAAGCAUUAAAAGCUUGGUUGUCCAGGCUCUUGUCUGUUGGUAUAAGCAACUCUACAGGUGUUUUGGUCAAUGUGGAGGUGCCAGUUUCUCCCAAAUGACAGCAAAAGGAGAUAAAGCAUAGGUGAGAGAGGCGGAGAUGAAUUGAGGCCUAAGCAAGGUCAUUGUGGAAACCCUGCCAAGAUCCCCUUAGGCAUGGACCCAUCCCAAAGCACGAUCACCAAACUAGCAUGGGAAUUUUCCCUUGUUCCACCCACCCCACUGCGGUCUCUAACAGUGACCUUUGAGACCUGAAUGUAAAGUCUAGGAUUUGUUUUGCACACUUGGGAUGGCAUUUCCUUUUAAAGGGAGGUGGGAAUACUAACAUGAAGGAUUAGUGUUUUUCUUUUUUUUUUAUUUUUUUAUUUUUUUCCAAUGUCUUAUGGGAGCCUAAGUUAUUUUUCUCUACCUCAUAUGUACAGCUUGUAGGUAUAAAUCUGAUUCUGAGUGACUGUUGAGAAUGUAUUUAAGUUAUUUAACAUCUUUGUAUAACAAAAAAGCCAGAACAAAUGAAACAAUAAAUGUAUUUUAAAUUAUACUU